AUGCGGGCACGUGCGAACAUCUCUUCCCGACGCAUGAGCGUGGGCCCUUCACUGGUAACUUCCGCCACGCCUGCAAAGAACAUGCACACCAGGAGGUCCUCGAGUCAAAGUCCACAAGUGUCGCAGGGCUCGAACUCAGCGUUCCUGCAAGUGGAGCGAGCCCAUGCGCCGCGAGACAUCAGCCCUGCUGGAGUAUCUCCUCGUAUCACCCCGACAUCGAUGUUUAACCCGACUGCUGGUGAAUAUUUUGGUGAGACGUGGCAAAGUCGCAAACCCGGGAAGAAUGGUGAUGCUGUGGCGGUCUCUGUACACUAUAUGAAAGCAGGCACACAGUUCGCCGCGAGAUCAGCGGAAAACAUUACAACGCCGUACAUGACCCAGGUCUCGCGACCCGCCACGCGUGAAAGAAGGCCUGAGACAGCCGUUCAAGAAGCGUCCUCGUUGGAUCCUCCUUCUGCGGCUAACGCGCCCACGCGGGGAAGGAGUCACAGGAGUCCGACCCAGAAGACUAUGCUCUCCAAAGCAUUGGCGGUCGCGAACAAUGCAGUAUUGCUAGACAAUGCUCAGAAUAUUGAGGGCGCCAUUGAAGCAUACGCUGAAGCAUGCGACCUGCUGCAACAAGUCCUGAUACGGAGUUCCAUCUUGGAUGAUCGGAAAAGACUGUCAGAUAUCAGAAAUGCCUACUCGAAGAGGAUUGCUGAUCUUCACGACCUUGAUGAUUCCUUCUCAGAGCUGAUGGAGAAAGCAUUACCUGACGAUCCUCCAUUUGACGAAACGAACCAUUCCUUCUUCGCCUCUCAUGACUCGGAUCUGAACACCGCUGAGGUGCUGGAAUCCGUGCAGAUACCUCCUAGGUUGGAUUCCAUUAAGAUACCUCCGAGGCAGGAAUCCCUGUUGCCAGAAAUAUUCGGCGGAGACUCAUACACCAGUGAUACCGGUCGAAAAAGGCCACACAUUCCCAGUCUGACUUCGCCCAUGGAUUCACAAUACAUGCCGCCACCUCUUUCACCCCGUAGGCCUGCCUCUCCAGCCUCGGAUCGCGACACCGACACAUCGCUUGGUCUCGUGGGACCCUCUGAAUCUGCCAAGACGAUAUCUCAUUCCCGAGAAGACAGCACCGAAUCUAUUUCGUGGCUCGAUACUGUCGAGGACGGUGAAUCUUCAACGUCGCGGUCCUCACGGUUGUCGUCGGUUGAUUACGGCAUCCAUGACAGUCACAAUCUUGAUGAAUUCGAAGCAGAGUUCGAUGCGGCUCUCGAUGCCGCUGUCGAUGCUGCCUAUGAUGACGAUCUGACCGAAGAGCCUACCCCCAGACCUGACAGGAUUGGGCAAGAGUUCCAUGAGGAACUCAGCAGUCCUAUACCUCCGCUGGAAUCUGCAUUCAAGGAUCAUUCCACGCAGUCAUCUGAGUUCGAGUUGACCAGAGAGUAUGACGAGGGAGACUCGUCAGACGAAGAAGAGAGACUACUGGAGGAGAUGACGAAGGGUUUCGUCUUCGACGACUUCUCAUUCGACAACAAAUCGAAAUCGGCGUUACCCCGACAGUCAGAUUCAAGCACGUUUUCGGGCAGGACAUGGACAAGCUCGCUCCCGUCAACCACUGCGACGAAUAAUACCGCCCUGAGUACUCUGGCCGAGUCAAAUGAAGCCCCAGCAGAAAUCUCUCCUCGACCGGUUCCUCCAGCAAAAGACACUCCUCCCUUGUCAUCACCGCCUAAGGCGGCACUCCCUCGACCCCCUUCUACGGUGCCACCGACAAAGGAAGGCAGCAGGCCGAUCAGUCCAGAAAAGUAUGGUGGUCUAAACAUUCGGGAGCGACGAUUUUCUGGCCGCACCGGAGAACAACUUAAGAUUGAGACGUUCGCCCGAGGCAACUCUUCCACCUUGCCGAAGCCGCUCGUGGCACCUCCAUCUGUGCCGGAACUGGAGAUUCCUUCUCAGCAGUCCAAAGCCCCGUUUACUGCACCGCUCGAGCCCACAUUGCCAGCCAUCACGCCGCUCACCCCCCUGGCCUCGAUGCCUUCCAACGACUCCAUCCAAAGUGAGUCGCCCGCCACUCCAGCCUUGACACAGGGAGGUUCUCAAGGCAGUAUCGAUGACUCUGCGGCCAUGCCGCCAUCACCAGCAAAACUAGGCAAGAUGCUACCUCCACCCACAGUGGUUAAGAAGAACCUGUCCUCGUCGAGCUUGAGAGUGAGGAAUCUAUCAGUAGCAACCACUGAAACGAAUGGCGAGUCUCCAAUCACCCCGCUGAGUGCAAGCUUUGGUACAGAGGCGAAAAAGAUCGCCCCGCCUUUACCGUCAGCUGCCUUACCCACACCUUCCACAGCCGGCUUUGGUCCGCAUCUGUUGCAGAGUGGUGGAAUGUACUUGUUCGAUGACCUCGUCGGACGGCCCAGCUCACCCACCACACCUCGAAGUCCGGAUGCACCAGGAUUAUCUGCUCCACAACCCCUCGAAGCUUGUCCAGAAUCUUUCCUGAUCCGUCCGUUCUGGCUGAUGCGAUGUUUAUAUCAGACCCUUGCUCACCCUAGUGGUGGCUACGUUACCACCAAGCUUUUCAUCCCUCGAGACAUCUGGCGGGUGAGGAACGUCAAGCUCAAGGCUCUUGAGGACAAAGUGGCGCAGUGUGACCUGUUGACAGCGGCUCUGCUGAAGCUCGCCAAGGUUGACACUUUUGACGCGGAUGCGGUACUUGAAGAAUUGCAAUCAUUCGAGGCUGUACUGGAUCAGGUUCGAAGUACGUUGCAGAAGAAGAUUAGCAGUGACGUGGGCUUCUCCAGUUCUUCGAGCCUGUUCAAAUCGGCCGGCGAAGACCUUGAAGCUGGGAAAUCCGGCAAUGCUGCUGCCAAGUCUAUUGCGUCUAGUUGGCGCAAACUUCGGUCCAAGUCGAGUGCUCCUGCAAUGGGCAAUCAGAAGGAUGCUUGGGCACAAGGCCCGACGAUGGCUUCCCUGCCAAUGACCUCGUCCUCUUCCGUCGCGUCGUCUCGGUCGCAUACGAACCGCAAGAUUGCGCCACCACCCACCCCGACGGAGUUGACAAACGUCCCCGCUAUCCAUGCCGCAUAUAUGUCUAGCCUGGCACGUCUCUUUGACGCGGCACAAGUGCUGGACGGAAUUGCUCGUCAAGUGGAAGAUCCUGGCUUGAAAUGUAGCAACAAGACCCAGGUUGGGUUGGAGCUGGGUGUCAAAAACGCCGCGGAAUUUUUCGCGUUCUUCGUGAUUCGGUUUGUGAUGGCGGAUCUGAUGCUGCUGGUCGAUAAGUUUCUCAAAAGGGGGAGCGAAUGGGUAUUGACCUGA